UCUCAAGGUGACACAGGACUGGCUGUCCUUGCCAGGCACUCAGUGUCAUCACCGGCAGUCCCGGGUUCUGAGCUUGAACCGAGCACUCAGGCUGGUGCUGGGAUCCAACUUGGGGGGCCUUGUGCUUGGGGUCCUGGGAACCGGAUGCUUGACUGUCCCCUAGUGAGUGAGUGAGUGAGUGAGUGAGCGAGCGAGCUAGCGGAGCUGGUGCGCCCUUGAGUGCGGUGCCAACGCACAUGUAGAUGUGGGGGAGACCCUGGGAUGCCAUGACGGCUACAUCUGCUUCAGGCCCGGGUCCAGGUGGUGGAGAGGAGCAGGGAGCUGCCGGUGCUCCUCUGCCGAAUGCUCCUGAACCCCCUCUCCAACAGGCAGCGUCUACUUCGACGUGCAGUCCUGGGUGCGGCGUUACGGCAAGUUGGGCGUACCAGGCCCUGCGGCUGCUGGGGAGCCAGGUGAGGGACUUGGACAAGCGACACCCCAGUGAUUUCGCCCUGUGGAAGGCGACCCGGCCUGGUGAGCUCAGCUGGGCCUCUCCAUGGGGACCCGGGAGACCCGGUUGGCACAUCGAGUGCUCCACCAUCGCCAGCCUGGUGUUUGGGAGCCACCUGGACAUCCACUCGGGAGGUGCCGACCUGGCUUUCCCACACCACGAGAACGAGAUCGCCCAGUGUGAGGUUUUCCACCAGUGUGAGCAGUGGGGCAACUACUUCCUACACUCAGGCCAUUUGCACGUGAAAGGCCAAGCAGAAAAGAUGUCCAAGUCCCUGAAGAACUUCAUCACCAUCAAGGACUUCCUGAAAACCUGCUCCCCUGAUGUCUUCCGGCUCUUCUGCAUGCGGACCAGCUACCGGGCAGCCAUUGACUACAGCGACGGGGCCGUACAGGAAGCACAGCGCCUCCUGCUGGCCGUGGCUGCCUUCCUGGAGGACGCGCGGGCCUACAUGCGGGGCCAGCUGGUGUGCGGGCCCAUCCAGGAGGACCAGCUGUGGGACAGGCUCGGUCAUACCAGGCAGGCUGUGAAGGCGGCACUGGCGGACGACUUCAACAUGCCCCGAGCGCUGGACGCGACCAUGGAGCUGGUCGGCCACGGCAACCGGCAGCUGAAGGCCCUCGCCCAGGAGCCGGGAGGCCCCAGGAGUGCGGCCGUGUUCGGCUCUAUUGUCUCCUUCCUAGAGGAGUUCUUCGAGGUGAUGGGGGUAUCCCUGACCAGCAGGCAGUGUGUCACAGGGGACAGCACAGAGGCCACCCUGCACGGGGUGCUGGAGGAGCUGGUCUGCUUCCGGGGCCUUGUGCGCCAGGUGGCCCUGGGCCCCGGACUGACCCCUGGUGACGGCCCAAGGCAACAACUUCUGGAGGCCUGCGACAGCCUUCGGCAGGGCCUGGCCACCCACGGGGUCUGCAUUAAGGACCGGAGCGGCACCUCCACCUGGGAGUUCCAGGAGCAGAAGGGCCCUGCCAGGAACUGAGAUCGCAGGGAACUGGUUUUAGGCUAGCACCUGUGGCUCCUUCCCUGAAAGUUUGUAUUAAAGGAUUGUGGCUGCUUGGUGCCGAGACCAA